UUUAAUUUUUUAAUUGUAAACUUCCCUUUUCUGAGGUCUUUUGAUAUUUGCUCAAAUUCAAAUAAUCAAAAUGUUUCGUUCACCACAACAUGAUACACAUACAUCUACACGAGAUAAUUUAAAUGAAACUCUUAUUGAUUUACAAAAUAGUACGUUUAAUGAACAGUUAACAAAUCCGUAUGUCGAUCGAAAUAGUAAUGAGAUUUGUGCUACAUCGGUCAAACUACCACAAUUCUGGACAAGUUGUCCGGAAGCGUGGUUUAUUCAUGCGGAAAUGCAGUUUAGUACCAAAAAUAUUACACAAGAAACAACAAAGUAUGAACAUACAAUUACUGCACUUCCGCAAGAAGUUAUAAUAACGAUUUUAGACUUUAUUCAAAAUCCGCCCGAAAAUAAUAAAUUUACUGCACUUAAGAAAAUUUUAAUUGAAAGGCAUUCAUUAAGUGAGAAUGCGAAAUUAGACAAAAUUUUAUCGGAUACUGAAAUGGGUGAUCAAACUUUGGAUGAGGAAGUUACCGAAGAACCUAAGCGUGAUUUUAGCUAG